GUCAAACCGAAACCACGAGGUGGGGACAUAGCUAGACCUUCUCAACCACUUUCACGACGCCCGACGCGCUUUUGGGUUGACACACCCACCUUUCCCAUUUCACUUAGUGCAAGAUGGCCGAUUCCGAUGAAGAGUACAUUGGAGAAAUCUCUGAGGAUGAGGGCGAGAGCAAUAUCCCUCGGGGAUCUCGAGGGGAGACUGUAUUCCGUUCCAAAAGGCGAAAGCAUCGCGGAGGCGCAGAAUGGGAAGUCUCAAGAACGUGGGAAACCUUAGUUGAGGGCGCCGAUGGCACAAUUAGCUCUACAGUUGAAGGGCUUCUUGAAGCUGGGAAAAGAAAAAGACUCCUCAGAGACACGACGCCCCUGCAACGGGGUAUAAUUCGUCACCUCAUUUUGGUUCUGGAUCUGUCACAGUCAAUGGCUGAGAAAGAUCUCCGACCGACGCGCUACCUACUAGCCCUACGGUAUGCACAAGAGUUUGUGAGAGAGUUUUUCGAACAGAAUCCCAUCUCCCAGCUCGGCGUCCUUGGCUUGAGAGAUGGCCUCGCAAUCAGGGUCAGUGAUAUGAGUGGGAACCCUACUGAGCAUAUCAGUGCCAUCCAAUCCUUGCGAGACCAAGACCCAAAGGGUCUCCCUAGUCUACAGAAUGGCCUUGAAAUGGCUCGAGGUGCUUUGUUCCAUACUCCAAGCCACGGCACCCGUGAGAUCCUGGUCAUCUUUGGUUCACUCCUUUCCUCUGACCCAGGUGACAUUCACCAAACAAUAACUACACUUAUCAACGACAAAAUACGGGUUGGGAUCGUGGGCCUUGCUGCGCAAGUAGCCAUCUGCCGCGAACUUUGUGACAAAACCAAUGGGGGGGAUGACACUGCCUAUGGUGUGGCACUUAAUGAGCAGCAUUUUCGUGACCUAGUGAUGAAUGUCACAACACCGCCGGCUACAUACUCCCAAAAACAGACCACGAGCUCUCUCUUGAUGAUGGGUUUCCCUUCUCGUACAGUUGAGGCUUAUCCUUCCCUGUGUGCAUGUCAUUCUACGCCUUCUCGUGGGGGCUACCUGUGCUCACGGUGCAACAGCAAGGUUUGUGGUCUCCCUGCCGAGUGUCCUUCAUGCGGUCUUACUCUGAUACUCUCAACCCAUCUUGCUCGGUCAUACCAUCAUCUGUUUCCCCUGAUGAACUGGGUGGAAGUUCCAUGGCAGCGUGCUUCGGACAGUGCUGUCUGCUUUGCUUGUGGUCUCCCCUUUCCUCCAGUGCCACCCAAAGAGCAAUGGCAAGUUACAGAGGGCCAAACAAAGGGAAUGAGUGUAAGCAGCCGCUAUGAAUGUACUGUGUGCAAUAAUCAUUUCUGCAUUGACUGUGACCUCUUUGCUCAUGAGGUUGUACACAACUGCCCUGGCUGUCAGAGCGGGGUGUUAACCCAUACGAAGCCUGAAUCACAGGAAGUUCUAGACAGUAUGAAUAUCUCCGCAUGAUCAUACGGUUGGCCUCGGACCAGGUACCAAUGAAAUACCGCAUGGUGUUGUUUUCUCAACUCGUGGAAGAAAUGCCCCGGUCAUAAGCAACGUUUGCUUUCAGUAGCGCGGCAAGACUUUCAUUCACGUUGUCAGACUAACGAACAGUCGGGCACAGGUUCCAAAGACCGGAGAGAACCCAGCAUGCGCUAUCCACCUCGUAUUGACCAAACUGCCGG